ACUGCUACACUUCCGCCCGGCUCCCUGUUCUGUCGAGCUGCAUGGUAGAUUCCACGCCCCCCUGAUCUGAGUGGUACAGUCCGGUUCGCGUCCCGUUGCCAUGGCGGCGGCGGCUACUCCAGUGACUGGACUGGAGUCGACCUACACUCGCUAGGCUGAUGAGAUGGCCGGAGUCACUGGCGGUCCCGACCCGGUGGGCCACCUCUUAGUGCAGGUGCAGAAUGAUCUGGAACACUUAAAGAAGAAGCUGGUGGCUACAACCGAGAAUGGGGCCUCUGUAGACAUCCAUGCUCUGGAGACAGCUAUACAAAGGACAGAACUUGGACUGAGGAGGCACACACAGGAUUACUUGAAUUAUAUCAGCUGCAGCCCAAUGACUAUUCUCCAGGACCAUAAGGAUAGGUAUACACCACAAGUACUGAAAUGGGGCCCUCAACUGGAGGCUUCAAAAAAGAACCAGAAACCAUUCCCCUCGGAUAUGCAAGAUUCCAGAUCUCAGCAUCCAGCAACUCGUAUGUCUCCUGGCCAGCAGCACAAGCUGAACCUGAGCACACGUGUCAUGUGUAAUCCCGAGAGCAUGGCCCACCGUGACCUCCUCAACCAGAGCUAUGGGAUCAGUCUGCCACUGAUCAGCCUCAAACCCAGAACAUCUAUACCUAUUGAGAAGAUUAACAGAGGCCCUACUGUCAGUCAUCUGUCGGUGUUACCAGCUCCCCAUCGGAUGGAUGCCUCUCUGCCCCCACCACCGGUGCAUGAAAAAGACAUGCAGAAAGGAAUCCUGAGUCUGAUGCAGAGAGGCCUUAUUCCUCCAGCUGCUCGUCUCACGCUGGUUCCUCCUGCAAUUCAACCCCAUGCUUUGCUCCUGCAUAGCUCCACCUCUCGGAGAACAGCCGCUAUUACACAAGGCAGAGAUUGUUUCAAGAUGGCCGACCGUUCCACGGAGGUGAGCUGUGUCCAGGAAACCACAGGAAGUUACACUGAGCGGUCUGACACCCAGUCACCGCAAUAUGGACUAGAGACACCUUUUCCAUCCACACAUUAUAUUGUGUCAGAAAAAACUGCAAGGACAUCUGUAGAUAUAAGAGGGAAGGAGCAGCACAGCUGUGUACCUCCAGCAGCACAGGAACAUUGGGCAUUGGAUACUGUUACAGCUCCCACAGGUCACAGUUUCAUCAUCUACAAUGGUUUCCUUGACCCACAGGCUGCAGACUUCUUGGCCUUUAAGCAGCAUUACUGUAUCUGCUGGGGCAGUUUUAUGACUUUUCUGGAGAGCUUGCAGAAGUUGCUUCAGGAAUAUGCAGUGCCUGUUGCAGUGGUAAAAGGAGACAGACUGAGAGCAGCCACACUGGCUCAGGAGCUGGGUAGGACGCCAUCAGUGUCCCAACUUCUGUCUGUACUAGAAAACAGGCCUUGGGUUCAGAAAUUCUUGGGCCAGCCUGGACAGCGGUAUAAGGGAAGAGAUGGGAAGGAGGCGGCUGCACUGAAGAUCCAGGCUACAUGGCGAGGCUACAGAGAUAGGGUGGCAUACCUUGCCUACCGGCAGCAGAAAUGGGCUGCUGGUGUCAUUGCAAUUGCUUGGCUCCUGCAUGUACAAAGAUCACGUGUGCGAAAAAUGUUACAAGAGUCCAGAGACUGUCAUUUACAGAACUACCGAUCCAGAGCAAAGCAUCUGGCAUCCAACUGGAAUCACAUCAGGACGUGCAGGAGGAGCAUUAUCCAUAUCCCAUCAUUAGGUUAUACUGACAAACAAAGGGCUGAAACCUCAGACCUGCACAUCCAGCAGAACCUGCAGAUAGGACGACUGUGCGACAUAGCAGACCCCAACGUGGAUGUCAUCUAUGUGUCCCCUGUGAAGCUGGACGAGGAAACAGAGCAGUAUUACCGCAAGCUCUUGGGUCUGCAUGCAGCGGUGUUAUCUGGAAACCCCCAGGAUGCCACCGAGCUGCAUGAGCGAUUUACCAUUCUCACCCCUGAGGCUGUGGACAGAUUCCCUAAUCACCACAUGUGCCUGUCCACCCUACUCAAAUACAGCCCGAAGGCCUUGAAGCGCAUAAGGAACUUGACACAAGGACGGGAGACCUAUAUAGUUGGACGAGUCCCCCACAUGGAUGACCUAGCCGUGGCAGAUGUGCUUGGGCUCCCUGUGCUUGGCACUGAGCCAGAGGUGGCACAUCUCUACAGCACCAAAUCUGGCAGCAAGCGCAUCUUUGCCAGUGCUGACGUCCCCACUCCUCCAGGAGAAUAUGACAUCUAUAACCAGGAACAGUUCUACAGCUCUCUGGUCCAUCUUAUAGCAGAUAACAUGCUGGUGACCCGCUGGUUAUUUAAAGUGGACAAUGAAUUUGGCAGCAACGGGACGGCUUUCUGCGACAUUGCAGCACAUCUUCCGUGCUAUGCCUGGGCCCUGAGAGAGCGGCAGAGGUACAGCCCGGACACCUGGAGGCAGAAAUGGGCACAGGAAAAGGCCAUGCGGCAGAUCGCACAGGAACUUCCACGGGUUCUGGAGCACUAUGCACGACCAGUAAACAGGAGGCGCUACCCAACAUGGGACAGGUUUCUGCAGGCUCUGGUAAGCUGUGGUGGGGUAAUUGAGGCAUUCCCUCCGGCACAGAGUAUUACCUGCCUUACUAUAGACAUGCUGAUUAGCCCGGAUGGAGAAAUACAGAUGGUGUCCUGUGGGGAUCAGAUUCAUGGCACCAGCCCACUACAGUGUGUAGGCAGCACCGUUCCCCAGUGCUCGGUGUCCCCCAGUGUACUUGCAUCAAUCUGCAAUCACAUUGGAGAGACCUGCAAGGUCCGAGGGGUGCUGGGAUAUCUGUCUAUAGAACUGCUAACAUUCAUAGAUCCUGAAAGCCUUGAACAGCAGGUUUGGGCAACGGAUUUAGACUUGAACUAUAGCGACCAGCUAGCAAUGACACAACUACUGCUGUACCUGACCAAUGGGACACUGGACUGUACUAACAGCCGUCUGAAUAUGUCACUUGUCCCCAAGAAAGUUGAUCGCUCCAGACAUCGAGCUCAACCAGUACAGACCCCUACAGUUUCAAGCCGAGUUGCAGUUCUCAGCACACGCCUGUUCCACACAAACCUCUCUGUCGUGUAUUACAAUGUUUUCUUCCAGAUGUGUAGAGCCCAUGGCAUUGGUUAUGAUGUGAAGGAGAAACAAGGGGCAGUGUUCGUUCUCUUGGAAAACCAGAAAAGGCACCGAAUAGGAAUGAUGAGCAUUGCUGAGGACCUCCAGGGAGCGCUGAUGACCUUUGCUCGCAAUUUGUUCAUCAUCCAUCAAGAAAUAUCAGCCCCCGACAUGCAGGGACAAACUAAUUUCAAGGAAACUGUAGAAGAAAUAGAAAAAAUUCUAGGAGUUACAGAAGAAAACAAACUGAAGUUUGAACAAUAAUGAUAAAGUAAUCCUCAUAUAUAGAGAGAGCAUUAUUCCAAUAUCUCUGAUGUAUACUGCAACCUGUGGCCUUGUAAUUCCACUUCCAAACUCUACUAUGGAUAUUUAGUGACAUUUGCUUCAUGAGAAGAACUGAUCAAUGUUGUGUCUAUAGUAACUGAAGGGUAAUGUGUAAUAUGAUGAGUAUAUGACAGCUACUUUGUGUAGCUUAUGUGAAAUAUAUGUAGAAUUUAAACACUUUGCAAAUCUGUGUAGUUUUGACUGAAAGGCUCAUUAAAUAUGUAAAUUUUUUGGAAAUAAAUAUAUAUCUUUCUCAUACUCUGAUGAAAA